AUGGCUAACGAGGAUAAGCCCAACUCUGCUCCACGAGGCGUACUUUCUAAUACCGAGCUUCUGAAACUCCUGCAGAUGAACGACGAUGAAAAUCAGAAAUCAUGUUGGGUUUGCUUUGGUACUGAAGCUGACGACAGACUAGCAGCAUGGGUGCAACCAUGCAAAUGUAGUGGCACGACGAAAUGGGUGCACCAGAGCUGUCUCCAGCGUUGGGUGGACGAGAAGCAGCGUGACAACAUAAGCCGCAAGGUGCUCUGUCCCCAGUGCAAGGCGGAGUACAUCGUGGUGUUCCCCUCGAUGGGCGCUUUCGUGGCCCUUUUGGACGCUCUUGAGGAGAUCACGCACAAGAUCAGCCCUUUCAUUGCGGGUGGCGUGCUCCUCGGCUCUAUAUACUGGAUUGCGAUCACUUACGGCGCCGUAACGGUUAUGCAGGUGGUCGGCCACAGAGAGGGUUUGGAGAUGAUGGAAUCCGCAGACCCUCUGGUGCUCCUAGUGCUUCUGCCAACGAUCCCGGUGACCCUCAUCAGCGCCAAAAUGUACAAUUGGGAGGAUUCGGUUCUACUGUUCCUGAGAAAAUACUGCGCGAAGAUACCAGCGCUCGCCUACAUUCUUCCGUUCGGAAAUGUGAACAGCGACAGGGGCGCCAUAGUGUCCGGCCAAUCGGCCAACUCGAGCCACGGGCCCAACACGCACCUGUCACCGACGAGGAUAUUCUGCUCCGCCCUCCUGCUGCCCACAAUAUCCACGAUCAUCGGCAAAAUCUUCUUCCGCUCGAUCCAGAACAACCUGCAUCGGACCUUCCUCGGGGGGCUCACAUACAUAACCAUCAAGGGCGCCCUGAAGAUAUACCACAAGCAGAUGCUGUACAUCAGGCACUCCAGCCGCAAGAUCCUCGACUACACGGAGGCCAACCUGAAGCUGUACAGGAACGCGGCACCGCCUAGCAGUGCCGAGGCCGUGUCGAACAGAGACGACACCGAGCAGGUCGUC